AUGAAAAUCACACACUUCAUGACCGUGUUUUGGCCACUCUCUAUGCUACUAUUUGACAAAAGCCAGGCCUCUAAAACAGAAGUCAAAUGUAAUUUCACCAGAAGGAAUUAUUCCUUUAUUCCAGAGGGUAUCAGUAACAGUGUUACCAUCCUUGAUCUCAGUUAUAACCAGAUCACUCUGAAUGCAUCGGACAUCAGGGUGCUACAGAUGUAUUCUUUACUAACUGAGCUCUACUUGAUGAAGAACAGCAUUACUGCCAUACACAAUAAUAGUUUCAGUAAUCUCUCCAACCUAGAAAUUUUAAACAUCUGUGGAAAUUCCAUCAGUGUAAUUGAACAGGGCUCAUUUGUUGGCUUAAAUAAAGUAAAACAGUUAUAUCUUUGCCAAAACAAAAUAUUACAACUGAAUCCCAAUACAUUUGUACCUCUAUUCAACCUGAGAGUUCUAAAUCUGCAAGGCAACUUGAUAAACCACUUUGAUGUGCCACAACGAUUCCAUCUGGAGCUGCUAACGUUGGAUGGGAAUCCAUGGAACUGCACCUGUGGUCUACUCCAGCUGCAGAACUGGCUGAACAAGUCUAAUGUGAUAUUAGAAAAUGAGAACAUCACCAUGUGUAGCUAUCCAGAUGACCUAAAGCACUACAGCAUUAAGUCAGCACCAUUCACUGCUGAAUGCCACUCUAAAUUUAUUUCCACUAUAACUGAAGAUCUGUAUAUUGAUUUUCCGUCCAUUGGGAAUUCAACUUCUAAUAGCUCUCUAAAAAAUUUAACACGGAACUCAGAACAUGAACCUCUUGGAAAAAGCUGGGCUCUCCUUGUUGGUGUUGUCGUCACUGUACUGCUAACGUCACUCCUCAUCUUUAUUGCUAUCAAGUGUCCAAUAUGGUAUAAUAUUCUGCUUAGUUACAAUCAUCAUCGCCUGGAAGAGCACGAAGCAGAAACCUACGACAAUGGCCUUACUAGAAACCCGAGCUCCCUUUCACAAAUAACAGAUACAAACUCUGAAGACAUUACAGUAAUAUUCGAACAACUGCAUUCAUUUGUGGAAAAUGAUGAUGGUUUUAUUGAAGACAGAUAUAUAGAUAUCAAUGAGGUACAAGAAGAAAAAUAA